AUGGUGAGAAGGACACUUGUCCUGCUGUCCCUGCUCCUCCUUCUGGGUCCUGCAGUUCCCCAGGAAACCCAAGGUCAUUACACUCUGACCUAUCUCUACACUGGGAUAUCCAGGCCCAAUGAAGGCCUCUUCAAGCUGCAGGGCACCGUCUUCCUCAACGACCAAGCCUUCUUCCGCUACGACAGUGAAGUUGGGAAGGCUGAGCCCCUGGGACCAUGGAGACAUGUGGAAGGAAUGAAGGACUGGGGGAAGGAAACCCAGCUUCAGAAGGUCAGGCAGAACAUCUUCCUGGAGACCCUGCAAGACAUCAUGAGUUAUUACAACCACAGUAACGGUCAGUGA